CAUCGGUGCAGCUCUCGCUCAGACUUUCUCCAUUCUGGAUUACAUUCCAGGCUUUUGUUCUUUGGGGUCAAACUUCUCUUUCCCCCUCUAGUGGUCACUGGAAGCAAAGCCUGACUGAGACCGCAACCAAUUUUUAUGAAAACCGAGACCGACUUCGAUCCAUUUUACACAUUGCUUUCAUUUUGAUUGUUCUGACUUUUAAGAGUAAAGUGCAGAAUUGAUAUGAAAGUACUUUAGAAAGACUGCCUUGGGGGACUGGAACAAUUAGACUGCCCUUUACAAGAAUUAUGGAACAUUCUUAUGCCGCCAUAAUCCAGACAAUGGCACCCACCUCUAGGUCCUCUCCAUACCAAAGCUGUUUCUUCAGCGAGUACCUGAACAGUGCAGUCAUUAAGCUGCACUACAACUACACAGGAAAGCUGAAGUAUCGUGACGAGCUGAAGCCAGAAUCCAUUGCCUUUUUGGUCAUAUGCCUACUCAUUGUGCUGGAGAAUGCCGUGGUGCUUUUGGCGAUCUGGAAAAACAAGAAGUUUCAUGUCCCCAUGUACUACCUGCUGGGCAAUUUGACAUUGUCUGACCUGUUGGCGGGAUUCACUUACAUGCUUAAUAUCCUGCUGUCGGGGCCCAACACGCUUCAUCUGACACCCAUCCUGUGGUUCCUGAGGGAGGGAGGCGUCUUCAUCACCUUGUCAGCCUCCAUCAUCAGCUUGCUGGCCAUCGCCAUUGAGCGCCACAUCACCAUGGUGAACAUGAAGCCGUACCAUGGGGCCAAGCGGUGCCGCAUGUUUGGCCUCAUUGGAGCCAGCUGGGUGCUGUCUGUGCUCUUGGGUGUGCUGCCCAUAAUGGGCUGGAACUGCAUUGGCAACCUAGAGGCCUGCUCCGUAGUGCUGCCGCUAUACACCAGGAACUACGUGCUGUUCUGCAUCACCAUUUUCAGUGCCGUGUUGCUGGCCAUCGUGGUGCUGUAUGUUCGGGUAUUUCAUGCCGUCCGAACCAAUACGCGGCGGCUUGGCAGCCUGCGCAAGAGCCAGUCCCGCAAGUCACGUAAGUGCAUCGCCCUGCUGAAGACGGUCACUAUCGUGUUGGGUGUCUUCAUCGCCUGCUGGCUGCCUCUCUUCGUAUUGCUGCUCUUGGACUUCUUCUGCCCAUUGGGCAGCUGUCUAAUACUCUUAAAAGUUGACUACUUCCUUGGCCUCGCCAUUUUCAACUCACUGCUGAACCCCAUCAUCUACACACUCACCAGCAAGGACAUGCGCAAGGCCAUCAUUCGGCUGCUCUGUCGAAGAUGUCUGAUGACCGCUGAUGGGCAGGUGAAGAAGAUCGGAAUACCAUUCCUGGAGUGUAGCAUCAGCAAGACUGAAGUGCCCUCCCAACGUCUGGAGGGCUUGGAGACCACUGUCUCCUCAGGAAACAUCACUCCCUCAACCAUCAAAGCCUUAUACCCUAGGAUGUUGAAGUCCUGAGCCAAAGGCUCAGUUAUGGAGACUUUCUAAAAAAAGUGCAGUCCUUCGGACAUGUGCAAUUCCUUGAAAAGAAGAGAAGGGAUUGAGGUACUUCCUGCACAAGUUUCUUUCAGGAAAAAAAUAACUUGUAAUGGGGAAUAAUACUUCUUAAGCUACAAUGGUAAAAAACACUUUAACAGAGCUUGCCAUUGUUGGAUGAUGUUGACCUUCCUUUGCUUUAUUUUCUAAAACUAAGGAGUUUGAGAAAAAGUCUUCAUAACAGUAGUCUCAUGGCAAGAACAUACCCACACAGUGGUAGUGAUCAAGUAGUACCAGGGCUGUUCCAUGUAGACUGUAUGUUCAAAGAUGAUCAUUUCUUGGACUGGAUCCUAUGGUGAAAUACGGCAUAGAGGUUUAAAUGUGAAACUAAAUGGACAAAACCACAGCAAGAAUUUGUAGCAAUAUCAAAGCACGUCUAUAUUGUUAAAGUUCAGUUGCACACAUUUUUAUCCAAGAAAUAUUUUCAUCGGUCGUGGUUGAAGCUGCAGCCUCUCGGUGUUUGAAACAGUUCAGAUAACCUUCAUAGGUGUGGAGAAGAGCCCUUGGAUACAGUUAGGGUGGAGAGGUAACUCUAGACAAUGGUCUGACAUUGUAAUAGCUCGAGAGACGAGACGCUGAAGAACAAAGACUUGGUUGGGCAGCAGAAAAUGAACUUUAAAACUAAGGCCAUUUAUACUGUGGAUCUGGAGGACUGGCGCCGGUGCACAUAUUAUAAAGCUGAUCUGAUAUUUCAAAAAUUACAUCUUUUUCUUGUUGUGGUUGGUUGGGGAAACUGUAAAGCACUUGCAACCUCACUGCAUCAUGCACUACAGCAAUGGCUGGUUGCGUCAAAACUGAUUUUACUUAAUACUUUGUGGCGAAACUCACCACUAUUACAGGACAGUCAUCCUACUGUAAUAUCUGUUUAUUCAGACUGAUCAUACAUUGUAUUGUCAAACCAAUUUGCUUCUCUGUUAUCAGUUUUCUCCUUAAGUUAUUCCUCUACAGGAAGUUUAUUUGCAAUAUUUGCAUAGCCAAAAGACUAUGGAAAAGACGUGGUUCUGGCUACAUUGUCUCUAACUAAGUAUAUCAUUUCCAUUGGCAUGACUAUCUGGGGCACACAGUCCUUCACUUCCCAGCAUUGAGUAGCGUAGGUCAUAUGACUACAAUAAUGGCGUCACCUCCAGGACUUCUGGACCAUUGGCUUUUCACUCUGUGCACAUUGACACAAGGUGGAAAUUGUUGUGUUAUAAGUUUCAUUAGCUUGUACAAUCGUAAACAUGGAGGAAAUCUAGUUCAGAAUAAAACUGGAGGGAGUUUAAUCCUCCCCACAUGAGCUGUCACUUAUGAUGCUUUUUCCUACAAAAUAAAGAGCAUGAGCACGAAAUCCAGAAAAAGCCUGGGUUUUUUUAUAUUUAUGUAGCAUGUCCAUCACUAUAAGACUGUUCCUAUGUCUUUGGGAAUCUCCUUAA